UUGACAUUGUUUUUCCAAUCUGAACGGUUUUUUAACACCGUGACCAAGUUUGUUUUUCGUUUCCAUGCCUUUCUACAUUUUCUAGAACGUCAUUCAUUGUCAUUCAUCAAAAAAAAACUCAGAACAAGUGUAUUUUCUGUAAACAAUAUAUAUCUCAUCUUGUUUAAUAGAUAUUUGUUAAUAGUGUUUGAUAGUUUUUAUUAGAAUUUAAACAUGUCACGUGAAGAACAAUUUGAUGGAAUGUUGUUGGCAAUGGCACAACAACAUGAAGGUGGUGUCCAAGAUCUCUUGGAUACAAUAUUUAGUUUUCUUGCCAGAAAAACUGAUUUUUACACUGGUGGUGGUGAAGGUGCCGCUGAAAAGUUGGUAAAUAGUAAAUUUCAAAAAUAUCGUGGCACAGCUAUGGCCAAAAGUAAUGCAGAAAAGGCAGAACGUGCUGAACAAGAGAAAAAACGUAAAGAGAGACUUGAAAAAAAAAGAAAAGAAGAAGAAGAAAAAGAAAAAGCAGCUAAAAGUGUAAUUGACAAUGACGAUGAUUCACGUAUUGUUGAAUUAACUGAUGAACAAGCUGAUGCAUUACAAGCUGAACUAGACAGCAAGAAAGGAAUUGUUUCUGAGGCAGUACCAGUUGCUGGAACAAGUGCAGAGACAAGUCCAACUGCAAUAACACCAGAAAAAAUGGAAUCACCAGAAGAAGAAGAGGAUGAAACUGAAAAAGGAAAAUUGAAACCAAAUACUGGCAAUGGUGCUGAUAUGCCAAAAUACAAAUGGACACAAACACUUCAAGAAGUUGAGUUGAGAGUACCAUUGAAUGUCAAUUUUUCUGUUCGACCAAAAGACGUAUCUGUUACUAUUGGAAAGAAACAUUUGAAAUGUGGCAUCAAAGGACAACCACCAAUAAUUGAUGGUGAAUUUCCAAGUGAAGUUAAACUUGAAGAAUCAACAUGGGUCAUUGAAGACAAUAAAACAUUGCUUAUUAAUUUAGAAAAGAUUAAUAAAAUGCAAUGGUGGGCUCACGUUGUAACCUCUGAUCCAGAGAUCAGUACUAAAAAAGUUAAUCCUGAACCAAGCAAGUUAUCUGACCUUGAUGGUGAGACAAGAGGACUUGUUGAAAAAAUGAUGUAUGAUCAGAGACAAAAAGAACUUGGUCUACCAACAUCUGAUGAGCAAAAAAAACAAGAUGUUAUUAAAAAAUUCAUGGAACAACAUCCAGAAAUGGAUUUUUCAAAGUGCAAAUUUAAUUAAAAUAAUUGUUUGAUUGUUCAUUCAUUCAAGAGAGAAGACUAUCAUUAUUUUAUUGUUGUUUAUUUUAACUAAAAAAUUAUGGUCAUUUAAACAAUAUAUUCUCUCUUAAUUAUUUUUUAUUAAAUUAAUUUACAUUAAUUUUGAUUAAACUGCUGCCAUGCACAAUGUCUUGUGUUAUUAAUGUAUUUUUUCUUUUUUUUUAUUUUGCACUAUUUAUAAGAUUAAUAAAAUUUUGAAAAAUAAAAAAAAUAAAAUAAAC